UAAUUUCUGUGUUUUGGAGAUUACCACUUUCAUUUUCUAAAAUAUAAAUGGUGGCUGUGAAGCGAGAUUUGAAUUAAGAAUAGAAGCUUUUUUAUCUCGGAAAAUCGUUUAUUUGUAGAGCCAGCUCAGUUGUGGAAAAUGAAUACUGACUAUCCAGAUUUAUCCAUAUUUAAGCAAUUCGCUCAAGACAAUCUUAAAAGUCAUCUGAGAUCGUUGGAUGGCAAAAAAGAUCUUUUAAUUGAUGAAGAAUUAAUGAAACCUCUUGAUCAUAUUACGGGUGUAACCUUUUUAAGGGCACAUGGUGUAGAAAAAAUAUAUAAAUUGCAGCCAGGUGGAAUUGAACAAGGGUGUGAUCAGAGGAUAUUUAUUGUUCGUCCAUAUCCUGAUCGCAUGAAAUUGAUAGCUGAAAGCAUUAAUUUUGAUAAAAGCAAAUCUGUUAGAAGGAAGUACCAUGUUAUCCUUACACCAAAAAAGUUAUCCACAUGUGAACUAAUAUUGGAACAGGAAGGAAUAUUCGGUGAUGUCACAAUUGAUGAAUUUCAAUUGGACAUGAUCCCUUUGGAUGUUGAUUUAAUGUCGUUUGAGAUGCCAUUAUGUUUUAAGCAGUUCUUCCUAGAUGACGACAUGACGUGGUUUCAUACCAUCGCUCGAGCAAUUUGUGGAAUGCAAAGCAUGUUUGGUGUGAUUAGCAAAGGUUACUGCAUUGGUGCUAAGUCCAAGAUGUUAUAUGAGUUAUUGAUGACGAUGAUGUCAGAUGACAGAGACUAUCACCCACCAAAUGGUUCAGAAAUUGGAUCGUUCUUAUUGGUCGAUAGAGAUGUUGACAUAGUGAGUAUGCUAUGUUCGCAGUUGACUUAUGAAGGUCUUGUUGCUGAAACGUUCGGAAUAAAAAGUGGUAUUGUCGAAUUUGGAAAAGAAGUGACGGGUUCAGAUCAAAGUGCGAGAUUAAAUUUGAACUCAUCAGAUCAAGUAUUUUUGGAGAUUCGUGGGAUGCAUGUUACUGGUGUGUUUCCAUUUUUAAGUCAUAAGGCAAAACAACUGCAGUGUGGAUACGAGAAACGCAACCAACUUGAAUCUGUGCAAGACUUCAAACAGUUCGUAUCAGAGGACCUGAAAGCAUUGAAGCAGCAGCACAAAUCGUUGGCCUUACAUAUUGGAGCAUGCGAAGCCAUCUCAUCGAAGAAAAAUGUUGACAAUUUUGAAGAGUGUUUACACGUCGAACAGUGUCUUCUGGAGGAUGCAAGAGGUAAAGAAUCCAUCAAUUAUAUUGAAACGUGUAUCAAUAGACAGAGACCGGAAAUGCAUUGCUUGCGCUUGCUAUGUUUAUUAUCGAUGUGCAAGGGAGGUAUCGAUACGAAAACGUAUAGAUCGUUAAAAAAUCAAUAUUUACAGAGUUUUGGAUAUCACCACUCGGUCACGCUAAAAAGGCUGAAAGAUAUGGGAAUAUUUUCUGAAAGUAGUGUUAAAAGAAAUGUUUUUCCAAAGAUCAGAAAAAAGUUUAAUUUGAUACCAAAAGAUCCAGAUGCGAUCGGGAGAUCAUCACCUCCUAAAGACGUGGCUUAUGUUUUUGGUGGAGCGUAUUCGCCGUUCCUCAUCAAGCUUAUUGAACAAGUUAUAUCAAAAGGAUUACUCGCGCCGUUAGAAGAAACUUUGAGAUCUUUUCAUAUUCCCACGAUGGAACACAAAACUGCCACCUCAGCAAGACAACAUGGAAGCACGACUAAAGCAGCCGCGUAUAAAACAGUGCUGGUAGUUUUUGUCGGUGGUUGCACCCACACUGAAGUAAACGCACUAAGAUUUAUUGGAAAACAACUAGGAUUCAAGUUCGUCAUUAUGACCACCGCUAUUUUAACUGCAGAAGAUUACCUUAAAACCAUAGCAAUUGGCUAAACGAUAUCUAAGCCAUAGAGAUUGGCUGAACAAAUCGUUUGGGACUGUUUGCUGCUAACUGAAUACUUCACUAAAUAAUAAGGGGUUGGGAAUUACAUUGUAUAUAUUUGAAUUUAGAUAAUUUUGUACAUUUUUUUUUUCGUACUUGUACAUAUUUACAACUUAUAUCCCACAAAUCAAA